AUGCUCUUUUGCAGUACUGAACACCUACUGCCUCUGCCCCGGCUCGGAGAGCAAGCGGCAGCUGUCGAAUGGGUCGAUGGAUCCUCCCCGCACGGCAUUUUGAAUCGGCCCAAGCUACUGUUCCAUGCUGGUCACGCAAGCUCACGGUAUUGUUGCAUCUUUUACAGACUGUGAAGCUAACGCACCAAUGUGGCAAUCUCUCCGACCUUUGCUAGGGGCCGCCGACAAACAUUUGAAUGUCCGCGUCAUAGCUACAUGAGCCUGCUCUACCCGUUCCCUAACACCGCGAUAACUUCCCUCGGCCCCUCACAGCGUCCAAGUGGCCCGCGCCCCCUCGAGCACAUCUCGAAUCUCCGAGCCGGUAUCGCGCUGCAAAGCCUAGAUUUCUACGUGACCAAACUGGCGGGGGCAAUGAGACAACGAGACAACGACUAGCCGUUCGUCGGGGCGUUCUCGAACAAUCAAAGACCAAAAGACCCUUGAGAAAACAUGGCCGUCGCCUCCCAUCAUUUGUCAUUCCGCCCCGAGCUACCCUGAACGCCUUCCGCCCAAAUCUCGAGAACCCCCACCCACACCAACAUGACUACGGCAUAGUUCCUGCUGUCACACGUUAGUGCAGCAUUAAUAGGAAAGAGAUGAAAGUGCACAGUGGUUCUUACUAUGUACUCGGCCCUUGACCACCCACCCCUCAACCGCCAACAAGAUUCGGCCCAUUGGUCAUGCAAUGAGUGAGGGGGAGGGGGGGCCAUGGCAUAAAACGCGGGGUCGCCUCCUUCCACUUGCCGAGGAUUCCUUGGAGCGAACUCUUUUCUUUUUUGCCUUCUCUCCUUCUACACAAUCCGACGAUUGACGGGUCAAAAGAAACAUCAUUCUCUCUUCUACCAGGCAAUACAUCGAAAAACAUACCAAAGAAACAAUACGCAUAAUCAGACACCAUGGCCGAGGAAAAGUGUCCCUUCAUUCGGACCAUGAACACAGGAGGUGGCGGCACCAAGAACCGCGACUGGUGGCCCGAUUCCCUCAAGCUCAACAUCCUUCGCCAGCACACUCCCGUCACCAACCCGUUAGGUGGUGACUUUGACUACGUGUCUGCCUUCAAGACCCUUGACUACGAUGGCGUCAAGAAGGACCUGACGGCUCUGAUGACCGAUUCUCAGGAUUGGUGGCCCGCCGACUUUGGCCACUAUGGAGGUCUCUUCAUCCGUAUGGCAUGGCAUAGCGCUGGCACCUACCGUGUCCACGACGGUCGUGGCGGUGGUGGUGAGGGUCAGCAACGUUUCGCCCCUCUUAACAGUUGGCCCGACAAUGUCAGUCUUGACAAGGCCCGCCGCCUGUUGUGGCCCAUCAAGCAAAAGUACGGUAACAAGAUCUCUUGGGCUGAUCUCAUGAUUUUGGCCGGAAAUGUUGCCCUCGAGUCAAUGGGCUUCCAGACUGCUGGAUUCUCUGGCGGACGUCCCGACACUUGGGAGGCUGAUGAGUCCGUCUACUGGGGUGGCGAAACCACAUGGCUCGGCAACGACGUCCGUUACUCCCACGGUCACGAAGGCAAGUCCGAACAGGGCGUCCUCGAUGGCUCUCAGGAUACCAAGGCCAAGUCAGACAUUCACACCCGCGAUCUGGAGUCACCACUUGGUGCCGCCCACAUGGGUCUCAUUUACGUGAACCCUGAGGGUCCCGAUGGCAACCCCGACCCGGUUGCCGCUGCCAGAGACAUUCGCGUCACCUUUGGACGCAUGGCCAUGAAUGACGAGGAGACGGUUGCUCUCAUCGCUGGUGGCCAUACUUUCGGUAAGACUCACGGUGCUGCUCCCGACAGCAACGUUGGUGCCGAGCCCGAGGCCUCUGGUCUCGAGGCCCAGGGUUUUGGCUGGGCAAACAAGCACGGCACUGGCAAGGGUGCCGAUACCAUCACCAGUGGUCUGGAGGUUACCUGGACUGCAACUCCCACCAAGUGGAGCAACAAGUACUUUGAGUACCUGUUCAAGUUCGACUGGGAGCUCACCAAGAGUCCCGCUGGUGCCAACCAGUGGGUGGCCAAGAAUGCCGAGCCCAUUAUUCCCCACGCCUUCGACUCCAGCAAGAAGCAGCUUCCCACUAUGUUGACAACCGACUUGUCGCUCCGCUUUGACCCUGAGUACGAGAAGAUUUCGAGACGCUUCCUCGAGAACCCGGACCAAUUUGCCGAUGCAUUCGCCAAGGCCUGGUUCAAGCUCACUCACCGUGACAUGGGCCCGCGCUCCCGCUACGUCGGACCCGAGGUUCCCUCUGAGGACUUCAUCUGGCAGGAUCCCAUUCCCGCUCCUAGCUCGCCCCUCGUCAGCGAGCAGGACGUCGCCGCUCUCAAGAAGGAGGUUCUCGCCACUGGCAUCGAUGCCUCCAAGCUCAUCUCUACUGCCUGGGCUUCAGCAUCUACCUUCCGUGGCAGUGACAAGCGUGGCGGUGCCAACGGCGCCCGUAUUCGCUUGGCACCUCAGAAGGACUGGGAGGUCAACAACCCCAAGCAGCUCGCCGAGGUUCUCAAGGCCCUUGAGGGUGUGCAGCAGAAGUUCAACGGUUCAGGCAAGAAGAUCUCGCUGGCUGACCUCAUCGUCCUCGCCGGUGCUGCUGGUGUCGAGAAGGCAGCCAAGAAUGCGGGCGUUGAUAUCAACGUGCCCUUCACCCCUGGUCGUGGCGAUGCCACCCAGGAGCAGACCGACGUUGAGUCUGUCGACUACCUUCAGCCCUACGCUGACGGCUUCCGCAACUACGGCAAGUCAGGCAACCGUGCGAAGACCGAGCACUACCUUGUUGACAAAGCUCACCUUCUUACGCUCACCGCUCCCGAGCUCACCGUUCUCAUUGGUGGCUUGCGCGUGCUGAACACCAACUUCGAUGGCUCAUCAACUGGUGUCUUCACCAACCGCCCCGGUGCCCUGACCAACGACUUCUUCGUCAACUUGCUCGACAUGGGCAACGAGUGGAAGGCCACCAACAACCAGGAUGUCUACGAGGGCUUCGACCGCAAGUCAGGCUCUAAGAAGUACACCGCCAGCCGUGUCGACCUUGUCUUUGGCUCCCACGCCGAGCUCCGCGCUGUUGCGGAGAUCUACGCCCAGGCUGAUGCCGGACAGAAGUUCGUCAAGGACUUCGUGACCGUUUGGGACAAGGUCAUGAACCUGGACCGCUUUGAUCUGAAGAAGCAGUCCGGUAGCGUGCCGAGCCGCCUUUAGAUGACUAGAAUGAAAUCACUGAAAAAGCAAUGUCGAUUACGAGGAAAUGAGACCAUCUCUAGCCUUCGUGCUUUGAGAUAGCCUAGUGUAGUCUAGUACCUGCAGAUAGGAACAUGUAUUUACGUUUGACGAUCA